AGAGACGAUGUCGAUGUCAUUGGCAGAAGCGAAACAGAGCCUGAAGGCAAUGUUCCCUGCCCUCGACGACGAUGCGAUCCAAGACAUUCUGCAGCAGACGAACGGGAAUGUCGAGCAGGCCGUAGAGUCUCUCCUUUCCAUCUUCAGCGAAGCAGGAGCGGAGCCGCAGGCUUUGCAGGCCCCGGGGAGAGACGCUGGAGACAGUCAAGCAUGGAGCUCGUCCGCUGCUCCUCCCAAGGUGAAGCAGGAAGAUGGAAGACACGUUCAGUUCUCGCCCGAUUGCGCGAGGCAGAACCGAUUCUCGGACGAGACGGAGACUUUUCCUCCUCCUUCCGAUGACUUCCUCACGCUGGCACGGUACAUGAAGUCCAGCGGUCAGAACAGCGACGAGCAGUGCUUGGAGGACGAGGCUCUCGCAAGGAGGCUGCAGGACUCGCUGUACCUCCAGGGAGUGGAGGAGAUGGCCCGAAGGCAGGACGGGGCCAGUCAACGCCGAGAGGCUGGGCCACCAGCAACAUCAGACGGUGAGGAGUCGAUAGGAAGGAGCGCUCCGCCGCAAGGGACAAGCGACAUGAGCUUCGAGAACUUGUUCGGGUUCAAGACUGAGGACCUCAAGAAGAAGAUUGGCACGAUGGGUGUGACGGCCAAGUCGAAGAUGAAUCAGUUCAUGAGCAAACUACAGGGAAAGGAGAUGACACCUGUCCAAACUUCUCCGCCUCCUUCGUUGAGCUACAGGCCAAUCGAAUCUGACUAUGACGACACAACGGUCCUCACCUCCCAGACGGCUGAUCAGAACAUCUCAAAGAGGGCAGGUGCGCACACUCUUGAGGAUGACGACGAGCAAGACCACGGGCUGGUUGACAAGCGAAGCCAUGCCAUGGCCGCUCGUCAGUCCGGCACAAUAACAGGUGAGGGUAAGGACAAGAAAGUAGAUUGAGGCUGAGGCAUGUGGAAUAAAUCGAGUUUAUUCUUUG